CUUGUAUCUACUGUCCUCUGCCGCUGGGUCGCUGACGAUGCCGAGCGGAGCAGGGCGCCUCUACGUUUCUGUGUGCGGCUACAACCGCAGUUGCGAAGACUGAAGUCGGAUGAGACGGGAGAGGGGCUUGAAAAACGACGAUGGAUGGUCCGAGCUGUUUCUCAUCGCCCGGACAGCUUUAACAUCGGCGGAAACGCGUGGAUUUAUUAAAGGGUCAACGUUUAAGGCUUCACUUUGUUGACAUACAGUGUGCAGCAGAAUGAUCGAGGAAGGCAGCAAACGAGGCAAGGCCAUGGUGGAGAAGAGACAGCUCUUCAUGGAAAUGAGAGCUCAAAACUUUGAUGUCAUCAGACUGUCAACUUAUAGGACUGCCUGCAAACUUCGGUUUGUGCAGAAGAGAUGUAACCUUCAUCUGGUGGAUGUCUGGAACAUGAUCGAAGCCUUUCGUGACAACGGGCUCAACACAUUGGACCACAAUGCUGAAAUCAAUGUGUCACGACUGGAGACUAUUCUGUCUUCCAUCUACUACCAGCUCAACAAGCGGCUGCCCACCACCCACCAGAUCAAUGUGGAACAGUCCAUUGGGCUCCUGCUCAACUUCAUGGUGGCCACAUAUGAUAGUGAAAGCCAUGGGAAGUUGACAGUUUUCUCAAUGAAAGCCAUGCUGGCAACAAUGUGUGGAGGGAAGAUUGUUGACAAACUACGCUAUAUUUUCUCGCAGAUCUCCGACUCCAGUGGCGUCAUGGUGUUUGCAAAGUUUGAUCAGUUCCUUCGGGAGGUGCUGAAACUCCCCACAGCCGUGUUCGAGGGCCCAUCAUUCGGCUACACGGAGCACUCAGUGCGGACAUGCUUCCCUCAGCAGAAGAAGAUCAUGCUGAACACAUUUUUGGAUGUGUUGAUGGCAGAUCCUCCCCCGCAGUGUCUUGUGUGGCUGCCGCUCAUGCACCGACUUGCUAAUGUUGAAAAUGUCUUCCAUCCGGUGGAAUGUUCUUAUUGCCGGAGUGAGAGCAUGAUGGGUUUCCGGUAUCGGUGCCAACAGUGCCAUGGCUACCAGCUCUGUCAAAGCUGCUUCUGGCGUGGCCAUGCUAAUGGUCCCCAUAGCAACCAGCACCAGAUGAAGGAGCACUCGUCUUGGAAGUCUCCGGCUAAAAAGCUGAGCCACGCCAUCAGUAAAUCGCUAGGCUGCGUCCCCAUCGGAGAGCCGCCACAUCCCGUAUUCCCCGAGCAGGCCGAGAGACCACAGGAGCUCACCCACACUGUUCAGCCGAAACCAGCGGCCAACAACAUGAACGACACAAUGCUCAUGUCCUCUGGGGCACCUACUCCUACUAAAAGUGUCUUGGAGAGUCCCAGCCGGCUAGAUGAAGAGCACCGCCUCAUCGCUCGAUACGCUGCCCGCCUGGCAGCUGAGGCGGGCAACUCCACACAACAAUGUCCUCCAACAGAUCUCAGUUUCAACUUUGAUGCCAAUAAGCAGCAGAGGCAGCUGAUUGCAGAGCUGGAGAACAAAAACAGAGAGAUCCUGCAGGAAAUCCAGAGGCUGCGUUUGGAGCAUGAACAGGCCUCUCAGCCGACACCAGAAAAAGCCCAGCAGAACCCCACACUCCUGACCGAACUACGACUCCUCAGACACAGGAAGGAUGAGCUGGAGAGGCGCAUGUCAGCCUUGCAAGAGAGCAGACGGGAGUUGAUGGUGCAGCUGGAGGGUCUCAUGAGGCUGCUAAAGGAUGAGGAGCAGAAGCAGGCUUCACAGUCUGGAGGCUCCCCUCACUCUUCUCCCAGCCACGGUGCGGGCUGCUCAAUGCCUAUGCCCAUACGUUCCACCUCGGCUGGGUCCACCCCAACUCACACACCACAGGACUGCCUGGCAGGUGUGGGAGGGGAUGUGCUGGAGGCCUUUGCUCAGGGUGUGCCUAGAAAUCUUCGGAAUGACCUUUUAGUUGCUGCUGACUCAAUCACAAACACCAUGUCGUCACUGGUGAAAGAGCUUCACUCAGUGGACGAUGGCGGAGAGGAUGAGGAGACCAACAUGAGGAAUGGUGGAGACAGAGGCACAGUGAGAUUACAGAAGCACUGAGGGAAAGAGAACACCAUCCCAUCCUGUAAGGACAUACAGUCAUUAACUGGGAAGAAUCAGCAACAAUAACAACAAGAACCCCCCUGGCAUUAGCACGUAGAGUAAUGCAUGCUGUAAUCUAACAGGAUUUCACUAUGUGAAAAAAAAAGUUUCUUCACACCUUGCUGGUAGCAAGAUGUGUAUAAUUAGCAAGUAUGUAUGUUGUCCUGUAAACAAAAACUGCUGUAAUUACCCAAUGAUUUCCCUCAUGACUGCUAAGGAAUGGCUUGCUGUGCUUUCUCUCCCAACUGUUCCACCGCAGCAGAUCAUUCUGUAUAUAAGAUUCUGUACACACAUGACCUUGGGAAUGCCCCGACAUGAAGGCGACCUGCUGUCACCACAUGUUCCCUGUCAUUGCUUUUUGUAUGAUUAGCACUAGCAUUUCUUUUUUUUCUGUUUUGAUAUUUUUUGCAUGACGUUGCACUCGUGUCUUGAUAAAGGUACUGUACCACACUAUGCCAGCUCUUUGUGGGUUUAUGAUGACAGCUGGAGUGUCAGAAGUGUCCUGCCUCAGAAUUCAUGCUGAGUGUGUUUACCUGCACAUCUGUAUUCUGCCACUCUAGUCUCCAAUAGCAAAGACGCUCUAUGCUCUAGUCACAGCCUGGAGAAAAGCUUCAUAUUAAGGAAUAUUUCAUUUCCUUUCUCGUAGUGCUAUGAAAGGAUUAAGCUGGGACAAAAUUAGAUUAAUCUAGUAUAAAAGCCGGAGGAGGGUUAUCUGGUCUGUCAGAAGCCUGGCAAUCAAAAAUCGCAAAAACUGUCUAAGAAAUAGUUCAACACAUUUUUUUUUUCCUGGGAAAUAGCUAACUUAGCUUUUUCUGGGAAAAAUAAAAUAAAAUCACUAGAUUGUUUGGUAUUUGGUUGUUUUUUCUAUUUUUCUUUCAACGAAUAUUUAAAAGCAAGCAUAACCAAGUUAGCUGUUGAGCGCCCGCUUCUAGCCAAGAAUACUGGCUUAAGCCUGACUCACACAGGUCUAGAAACUAGUCAACGAGCCCCUGGUUGCUAGCUGAAACUAGUUGCACAUAAGGUGAUGCAUCAAAAACCUUUAUCUGGCUACCUGUAGUUUGCAAUGAAGAUGGUAAUUUGUCUGCAAGCAACAGUGACGCUGUGAAAAGUGUGAGAAAAAAAAAAUCAAAGUUUCCUUAUCGUCUGCAACUAACACAUUUCAAAAGGCACAACUUUUACUUUGACGGCGUAAGUUCUCCAUUUCUGGUUUCUGUUUUACUAUAAACAGUUUCGCUACAGCUUGGUGAGUAGUUUGCAAAUGUUUGCAGACAAGUCUUUCAUGCAAACUGCUGGUGACCAUGGCAACCUUUCAGCCACCACGGCGAUUGCAAGGAUUGCUAUUGUCCUGCAUUUACCUUCCAGACCAGAGUACACAUCUGACACUGAUUUUGAUUUUCUCCUUUUGGCAAGAAAGCAAGCAGGUGUAGUUCCCACAAGGCUGAAUUUUUCCUUUAAUCAUUUAAAAAAAAUCUUGGAAUGAAUAAGGAAUAGCAUGGAACUAUUACCACUGUUGUUUCCAGAAUAUCAGGAGCAUGUAAACACACUCACUGAGUCUAUACUAUUCUGCUGCUAAUGUGCUCUCAGUGAGCAAACCCUUGCAAAUAAAGAGGGCUGUGCGCUUACAAACCGAGGGGCUGCUCUAUACACAAUAAUGAGCCAAGCCUUGUUUCCUCCCAGUGAAAACUGAACCACCUGAAGGGCAUUGUACUGCUCAGCACAGCAUGGUGCCUCCUUGCAAACGACACUGACUAGCUGGUAGCCUCAGUAUUUAUUGUUUAAAGCAGUGUUUCCCAACCACUGUGCCGCAGCACAUAGGUGUGCCGUUAUCUGUUUCCACCUGAUCAGUACUCUAAGCGACUGGCAGAACUAUUACAUUCUGUUCCACUAGAGGACACUACAACUAGCUGCUCUAAUUAAAUGGGUUGCCCUAGCAUGAGUAGUGGUCAGAAGAAAGCAAAAAAGGUAUACUGGGGACAAACCAAACCAAUUCCGCUAUGCCCAGUGCCGGGGGAAAAUGAUCAAUAUUCUUUUUGUGACAUUUUUGUUUGGUGAUGUGUCGUGUGAUUUUUCUAAUGGGAAAUAUGUGCCGUGGCUCCAAAAGGUUGGGAAACACUGGUUUAAAGUAUAGAGAAGCACCUCAGGAUGUUAAAUAGUAAUGAAUUAGGCACUAACUUUUAGUUUUGAGUUACAAAAUUUGAGGAUUUAAGGUUUUAGUGAGCAAGUAGAUAAUGUUUUAAUAGCUUUAUUUAGUUAUUUCGAGAAUAUUGACAAUGUGUAUGUGCAAUGAAGGUAGGUGCUCAGGGACUGCAGAGGUAAUUUAGGUGAAAUGUGAUGAUAACAUGAAGAAAUCUUUUGCCACAGACUAAGAUCAAUGUUAAUUGAAGAUGGAGGAUUUAACUGCAGAAUAGUGCAGUUGUGGUCACUGGUUUUGUUGAAGUUUCCCAAAAUAGUUUCACAUUCUACCAAGUCAAGUUUGUUUUAUUUAUUGGAUUUGAAGAAAAGGAGAUUUCAGUGAAGCAUGUCGUUGAAUAUAGUUUGUCUGUGUGUGAAUUUGUACUUUUUGUGGAAAAGCAGAGUGAUUCGCCUGUUAAGGAGGCAGCUGUUAACAUGAAAGGAAGUUUAUCCUACGUCACUAGUAGAGCGAGUCUCAGUUAAUUUUACAUUUUUGUGUAGCUCACUGUUUUGUCCUUCAGAGUAGCCUUUCAUCUCAUAUGAAAACAGGCAAUGUCGGGUUUUUAAGUAAAUGCUUGAUUGGUAAACGUUGGUGAGCAGUUUAAGAGGGAUGUGUUCAGUCCCAGAAAGAAGCGCAGGGUAAAGUCUGCCUCAGUUAAACUACAAAAAGUGUGAUCUAUUUAUUUACUCUUUUUUUUUUUUUGCUUUGAGAUUUGUAAAUUAAGCCUGUGCUAUAAGCUAAGUAUAGGGUUUGAACAACCUGUUACACUGUGUCAAGAAAAACAACAAAAAGACACUCCUCUGUUAUUGUUGUUCUUAAUGUGACGUUUUUCAUUAAGUUCUCUUUUCUGCUCUGCGUUGUCAUUACUGUUAUUAUGGUUUACUAUAUUAGUGGAGUAUAGUUAUUGUAAUGAUUUUGUUGGAAUAACGAUUCACUUGUAUAAUUGCCCAAAUAUAAUAUAUAGCAGGUGCCGUAAAUUACAAUUCUGGGACCCCUGCUGUCAAAAAGUUCAUCCGGCGUCAAAGGUCCCAAAAUUACAAAACUGCACAGGUAAAAAUUUAGCGAGUUACUGUCUUCCCCGUCAUUUCAACCAUGCAUUCCGGUGCAAAACUGAGCUUUCCGUUUGUUCUUUCAGUUCGUGCCUGUAGCUGUUCUGUAGAGUGCUGUACAAAGUAACCAUUCAGCAAAUACUGUCAGCCUUUAUGUCAGUUUUAGCUUUUGAUUUUAUUUAUUUAUUAUGUUCUGGGGGAAACUUACUCAUGCUCAGCCUUUACAUUUGUGCCAAACUGUUUGCAGACAUUGUGUGUCAAAUUCCAGGUAUAUAUCAAAGUAUAUCUGCAUUAGUACGCUGUUGCUCAUAGUUUAUUCACAGAAUGCCUGAAGAUGUUCGUAUUUAAUGAUUUCAUCCGCUGGGAAAAAACCCCAAACAAAAACAAACUCAUAUUAAAUAUUUCAGAAAAAAAGAUCAUUUAAAAAAACACACACACAUUCCAGAUCUACUGAUAGAGAGUCACUGAUGUCAUUUUAACCAACGCAGAGGCAAUACUGUAUGUAUAUACCCUGUCAGACCAAACUCGGGGUAAUACAAUUAUAACAUAGCUGGUCACACAGAGGUGCAUACAUCGUGAUCCUUUUAAUGUUUGCAGAGAGACAAUGUGUAACGAGGACAACCUCGGCGACAACGCUCCCCUGAUGUUAUUUAUCUAUGUAUGUGUUCUGUAUGGUUAUGCUUCUGGUACCCAUUGUUUCUCAUGUUGAUUUUACAAAACAGAGUUUUAUGUCACAAAGCCACUGUCUUUUGUAAAUAAAUCAAAUGUGAGAUAUAUUAAAAAGAUU